AUGAAGCUGGUCAGCAACGUUAAAGAGUUGUGCAGACGCGGCGGUUUUAAUCUUCACAAGUUUACGUCUAACAGCCAAGAAGUCCUUCGUCAUUUUCCUGAGGCUGAUAGAGCAGAAAAAGUAAAGCAACUAGAGUUUAAUCAUGUCACUCAGACGUCAGAACGAGCACUUGGAGUACUAUGGUGCAGAGAUUUAAACGUUUUCAAAUUCACAAUAACCUUGAAGGACCGACCAUGCACUAGACGAGGGAUCCUUUCGCCGGUGAGUUCGAUAUUUGAUCCGUUGGGAUUCCUAGCACCUGUAAUGCUCGACGGAAAGUCAAUUCUACAAGAACUCUGUAGUCUUAAUAUCGGUUGGGACGAUCCAGUACCAGAAGAGAUGGAAGCACGAUGGCGUAACGGGAAGACUCGCCUACAACAACUCGAGGGUUUCGUAAUAUCGCGUUGUUACAAACCCGAAGGUUUCGGUGUGGUGGUCAAAGCAGAGUUGCAUAACUUCUCCGAUGCCAGCUUCAAGGGUUACAGCCAAUGUAGUUAUAUCAGGCUGGUAAACAGCGAAGGUAAGAUGCACUGCUGCUUUCUAACGGGGAAGUCCAGAGUUACACCCUUAAAGAAGAUGACAGUUUCUCGUUUAAAGCUCACAGCGGGCGUCGUUUCCGUUCGCGUAAGUGAACAGCUGAAGAGAGAGCUCGACAUGGAGAUAACGAACGAAGUCCUCUGGACUGACAGCAAAGUAGUUCUCGGAUACAUCGCCAACAAAGUGAGGAGAUUCCACGUGUUCGUUGCUAACCGAGUUCAGGAAAUCCAAGAGAAAUCAUCAGUCGAUCAGUGGAAGUACGUCGAUACGAAGCACAACCCCGCCGAUGAAGGAUCUAGAGGUUUACGAGCCGAUGAAAGGCAAGAUGUUUCUGCAGCACAGGCCUACGAACUGCCAACUAAUGAUCCAGAAAUCAAGAAAGGCGUUUCUAUGGAAACAACUGUGUACGCAGAGCCAGCAGAGGAAGGCGGUCUCUCAGUGAGCUUGAAGCACAUCUCAAACUGGUUCCGAGCCAAACGCGCCAUAGCGCUGUGUGUCAAGUUUGCAGCAAGACUACGCGACAUAACAAAGCGAUCAAAACCAGUAGAAGUUAGCGUAACCGAUUUGAAUGAUGCAGAAUUAAAAAUUUUACGAGGCAUUCAAGUAGACUUCUACAGCGAAGAUAUCACCUCUAUAAAGAAUGGUAGACAAAGGGACUCCACAAGUGGACUACAAAAGCUGAAUCCAUUUGUUGACUCCGAUGGACUGCUGCGUGUAGGAGGACGCUUGCGACUUUCUACCCUCGCUAAAAGCAUCAAAUUUCCUGUCAUUCUUCCCGCUAAAAGCCACAUGACGUCGUUGUUGGUGCAUUUUCACGAAAGGCUUAAACAUCAAGGACGUAGCUUCACUCUCGGCGAGCUGCGAGCCAACGGCUAUUGGAUCAUCGGAGGAACCAAAGCUGUCGGAAGCUUGAUUGACAAAUGCGCCAUAUGCAACAAGCUUCGCGCCAAGGUCCAGGAACAAAGGAUGACGAAUCUACCGGAAGAUAGACUUCAGACAGCACCACCCUUCACCAACUGCGCCGUCGACUAUUUCGCUCCAUUCUUGGUCUAA